AUGGCCAACCUCAGCAUCGUCGUCCCCUGCGCCGUGCUGGGCUCCAUCUGCGCCGCCAUGCUCGCCUUCAUCUGGUGGUGGUUCCCGCGCACGUGGAACAAGGGCAGCAACCAGGAGAGCGAGGAGAUCAACAUGCAGUUCGGCAGUUCCGAGAACGAUGGAGACGGCCUGACUCAGAAGGAGCGGCGGCAGAUCGCGGGCCAGCGGGCGCGCGAGUACCUCGAGGCCAUCGAUGCGAGGAACAAGGCGCGGGCCGAGGGGCGAGAGGUCGAGGGCCCGGCACCGAUUUACUUUGGGUUCGAGAGGGGGACGCCGGGAGCCGCGCCGCAGACGACGGUAGCGGCUUGA